UCUUUGACCUGUCAAUGCCCCCGCCACGGCUCCGUCCUUGGGACUGCCCGCUGGAUAAACCAUGCUAUUCUAUCAUCAUUUGCCUAUCACCGCUGAUUUGCUGACAUGCGCAAAACGCUACACAAAUCUUGCUUGAACAUCGGACUGCUACAGCCAGCAUUGAGCCUUGUCCCGCUUUUGCCCAUUCCUCCCAAAUAUACUUCCGGGACACCAACUCAGUAACGCGGCUCGCAGGAUUCGGUGGUGAUCUGCAAGGGAACAAUCUUCCUCUGGCUAUCCGGCAGAUAGGGAGGGCAGUUCAGAGACGCUCGUGACAGAUGACCGCGUCACCAAAUUCACAGAACUGGAACAUUUAGCCGAGACGGCGGCACCUGACAGGGUUGCGAUGAAAUGCUCCAUGCCACCUCACAAAGAGGCUCUGACUUUCAAAUCAUACGACGAAUAUGAGGCACAUUACGCGAAGACGCACACAAACAGGUGCCUGGAGUGCGGGAGGAACCUGCCGUCGGAGCAUCUGCUCAACGUCCAUCACGAGGAGUGCCACGAUUCAUUCGCCGCUGUCAGGCGGGAAAGAGGAGAGCACACGUAUUCCUGUUUUGUCGAGGGCUGCGAAAGAAAAUGCAUGACGCCGCAGAAGCGUCGCAUGCAUCUCAUUGACAAACAUAGCUUUCCCAAAAACUACUUCUUCGCUUUGACAAGAGAGGGCAUCGACGGGCGACGGUCAUUGCUCGUUGAAGGCGGUCACCACCGACGAAAAUCGUCUGGCACUUUCAGCACGACUAAGGAGUCGAAGCGCAAAUCGAGCAUCUUGGAGUCGUCCACGUCGCAAGGCAAAGAAUCAAAGGCACCAGGGAAUGUUGCCAUCAAGACAUCCAAAGAGCCAGGGCUCACCGGACACGAGUCAGCAAUCGCAGAACAUCUAGAUACGGAAAUGGAUGACCUCGCCGGCGCCAUGUCGGCGCUGCAGUUCGUCCCCAACAGCGUGCGGUUCGGAAGGGGCGGUGGGCGGGUUGGCUUUGCAAAACGAUGAAGAUGUCACAAAUCAUAGCACUAUUUCGAUUAGCGUCUAGGCAAUUAUGAUACCAGAACGGUCAAUUGAAA